GGUCCAGGACGCGUAUGGUCACUUGACAGUAUACCAAAUGACAUCAAACGACGCCGGCGUGUACCGUUGCCAGGCUGGAAACAGUAUUGGUGGUCUUGUAAUAUUAGAAGUGGUCGCAGACACCGACCGGUAUACCGUCGUUAAAACCAAGAAAAGAGCAUAUAAUCAAACAUCAACAAUGAAUAAUUAUUCAAAAUUAUUUCAAGUGUUUCCGGGUGGACUACCUUGUCGAUCCAAGUUUCUCCCGCGGUAUAUACGAAAUAUCCCGACCGUUCAGAACAGGAAGAACGAAAUCAUGAUCGGCAUGUGCAAGGUGGCAUGCAGUACUAGCAGCACAUUGGUCCUGACGAGAGGCGUCAGUGGGCUGUCCAGGGCUUGGCAGACGGCGGGGCGCCGUUGGCCGGCGGUGCAACGUAUUAUUUUUGCACCAGUCGGAUCCCCACUCAUUAUACGCUGCCCGGGAUCUGCCCUCCGUGAUAUGCCGCUAUCAUGGCGCGUGGGUACCAGUAGAGUUUGCCCAGCGAGACUGCGUGAGAACAGCGGCGGGAGGCUGCAUCUCAAUGCGAGGGAUCAUAUAGUUAUUUCUACUCUACAACCCACCGACAGCGCCCUCUACAGCUGUUGGGAGAACGGUGACCUAGCGGGUACAGUGAAGUUGGUGGUAUGGGAUGGUGCUGCGCCCCGCUGGAACCACCGCAACUGUCUCAUAACUUUGGUUUGCGGAGCUACGUUUGCAUGGAGACUUGCACUUAGAGCGCUGCGUAAUAAGCGACGCACGAUACGCUGAAUUAUUCCUUUAUGGUUUUACUCUGAAUUCGUUAAUUUUUAUAACUAAGUUGAUACCUCACCUAUAUGCGAUGUGUCACUUAAUGUGUGCGGUACAUGUAUAAAUGUUAUGUUCUCGAAUUAAUUUAAACGUUUGUUUAUUUAUUACAAGCGAUACGAUAUCUUAAUAAGUGUUCGAGUCA